AUGAAGUCUAUGAUUGCAGUCAUUUUCUUCGCCGUUGUGGUCACGGCCAUGGCUGGAUAUCUCGGAGGCUACGGAGGAUAUGGUGGCUACGGAGGAUAUGGUGGCUACGGUGGAUAUGGUGGCUACGGUGGAUAUGGUGGCUACGGUGGAUAUGGUGGCUACGGCGGAUAUGGUGGCUACGGCGGCUAUGGUGGCUACGGCGGACAUGGAGGAUAUGGAGGAUAUGGUGGCUACGGCGGUUAUGGUGGUUACGGCUAUCCAGUGGGCCGUGCUUUUGCCUACGGAUCUCACAUCAAGCAUGGUUAUGGAGGUUACGGUGGCCAUGGCGGUUACGGAGGCUACGGCCAUGGCUUCUAUGGUUAA